GGGAGCACAGUGCCAAGGUGCCGCUGCCGUGCAGGAAGCUGCAGCCAGUGUGGAGUGAGGCGGAGGCGGCAUGAGACCCUAGCGCCCGGGAGGGCAGGCAGCCGUGCAGGAUGGCGGCCCAGCGGAUCCGGGCGGCCAACUCCAGUGGCCUCCCCCGGUGCAAGUCGGAGGGGACCCUGAUCGACCUGAGUGAGGGGUUUUCAGAGACGAGCUUUAAUGAUGUCAAAGUGCCUUCCCCCACUGCCCUGCUCGUGGACAGCCCCACGCCAUUUGGAAACGCCAAGGAAGUGAUCGCCAUCAAGGACUACCGCCCGAGCAACUUUACCACCCUCAAGUUCUCCAAGGGUGACCACCUGUACGUGCUGGAUGCGUCGGGCGGCGAGUGGUGGUACGCGCACAACAACACCGAGAUGGGCUACAUCCCUUCCUCCUAUGUGCAGCCCUUGAACUACCGGAACUCCACCCUGAGCGACAGUGGCAUGAUUGACAACCUUCCGGACAGCCCGGAUGAGGUCGCCAAGGAGCUGGAUCUGCUCGGGGGGUGGACGGACGACCAGAAGGAAUCCGGCAAAGCUUACAGUAACAACCCUUUCUGGAACGGGGUCCAGACAAACCCAUUUCUGAAUGGGAACGUGCCAGUGGUGGCCGGCCUAGAUGAGCUGAGCCCCAAAAGCGCUGUGGACUUGCUGCUCUUCGAUACCGGCGCAUCCUCAUUCACUGAGUCCAGCUCAGCGACCACCAACAGCACCGGCAACAUCUUUGAAGAGCUCCCGGCCACAAAUGGACUCCACAUAGAGCAGCCGGUUAGGCGGGACAACCCUUUCUUCAGAAGCAAGCGUUCCUACAGCCUGUCAGAACUCUCCGUCCUUCAAGCCAAGUCAGACACUCCCGCUGCAUCCAGUUUUUUCACAGGCCUGAAGUCACCUGCCCCCGAGCAAUUUCAAAGCCGGGAGGAUUUUCGAACUGCGUGGCUGAACCACCGGAAGCUGGCCCGGUCUUGCCACGACUUAGACCUGCUGGGCCAAAGCCCGGGUUGGGGCCAGACACAGGCGGUGGAGACAAACAUCGUGUGCAAGCUGGACAGUUCUGGGGGUGCCGUACAGCUGCCGGACACCAACAUCAGCAUCCUCGUGCCCGAGGGCCACGUUGCCCCCGGGGAAAUGCAGCAGAUCUCCUUGAAGGCACUCCUGGACCCCCCGCUGGAGCUCAACAGCGACAAGUCCAGCAGCAUCAGCCCCAUGCUGGAGGUCAAGCUCAGCAACCUGGAGGUGAACACAUUCCUCAUCCUGGAGAUGAAGGUGUCUGCGGAGGUGAAGGGUGACGUUGUCAGCAGAAGCACCGUGGGUCUCCAGUGCCUGAGGAGCGACUCGAAGGAGGGGCCAUAUGUGCCCACCCCCCUCAGCUACAGCUACGGAGACACCGUCCAGGUGCAGCUGGACAACCUGGAGCCCUGCAUGUACCUGGCCAUCGUCGCCUGCGGCCCCAGCAUUCUCUACCCCUCCACUGUGUGGGACUUCAUCAAUAAAAAGGUCACUGUGGGCCUCUAUGGCCCCAAACACAUCCACCCAUCCUUCAAGACUGUGGUGACCAUCUUCGGGCAUGACUGCGCCCCUAAGACCCUGCUGGUCAGCGAGGUCACCCGGCAGGCCCCUGGCCUGGCCCCUGUGGCACUGCAGCUGUGGGGGAAGCACCAGUUCGUCCUGGCCCGGCCCCAGGACCUCAAAGUCUGUAUGUUCUCCAACAUGACCAACUACGAGGUCAGGGCCAGUGAGCAGGCCAAGGUGGUACGGGGCUUCCAACUGAAGCUGGGCAAGGUGAGCCGCCUGAUCUUCCCUAUCACCUCGCAGAGCCCUGGCGAGCUGUCUGACUUCACACUGAGGGUGCAGGUCAAAGAUGACCAGGAGACCAUCCUGACCCAGUUCUGUGUGCAGACACCGCAGCCGCCCCCCAAAAGUGCCAUCAAGCCAUCCGGCCAGAGGAGGUUUCUUAAAAAGAAUGAGGUGGGCAAGAUCAUCCUGUCCCCCUUCGCCGCCACCACCAAGUACCCCACAUUUCAGGACCGCCCUGUCUCCAGCCUCAAGUUCGGCAAGCUGCUAAAGACUGUGGUGCGGCAGAACAAGAACCAGUACCUGCUGGAGUACAAGAAGGGCGACGUGGUGGCCCUGCUCAGUGAGGAGCGUGUCCGGCUGCGCGGCCAGCUGUGGACCAAGGAGUGGUACAUCGGCUACUGCCAGGGCAAGGUGGGCCUGGUGCAUGCCAAGAAUGUGCUGGUGGUGGGCAGGGCACGGCCCAGCCUGUGCGCGGGGCCUGAGCUGAGCACGUCGGUGCUGCUGGAGCAGAUGCUGCGGCCCUGCAAGUUCCUCACCUACAUCUAUGCCUCAGUACGCACGCUGCUUAUGGAGAAUGUGAGCAGCUGGCGCGCCUUCGCUGACGCCCUGGGCUAUGGCGGCCUGCCGCUCGCCUUCUUCUGCCGGGCCGAGCUGGACAGCGAGCCCGAGCGGGUGGCAUCCGUGCUGGAGAAGCUGAAGGAGGACUGCAACAAUCCCGACAGCAAGGACCGCAAGUCCUUCCAGAAAGAGCUAGUGAUGGCCUUGCUGAAGAUGGAUUGCCAGGGCCUGGUGGUCAGGCUCAUCCAGGACUUCGUGCUGCUGACCACAGCUGUGGAAGUGGCGCAGCGCUGGAGGGAGCUGGCUGAGAAGCUGGCCAAGGUCUCCAAGCAGCAGAUGGACGCAUAUGAGUCCCCCCACCGUGACCGGAACGGGGUGGUGGACAGUGAGGCCAUGUGGAAACCUGCCUAUGACUUCUUACUUACCUGGAGCCACCAGGUGGGGGACAGCUACCGUGACGUCAUCCAGGAGCUGCACGCCGGCCUGGACAAGAUGAAGAGCCCCAUCACCAAGCGCUGGAAGCACCUCACGGGCACGCUCAUCCUUGUCAACUCGCUGGACGUCCUGCGGGCGGCCGCCUUCAGCCCGGUGGACCACGACGACUUCGUGAUCUGAGUGUGUGGCCUGUCCUGCUGCACCCAGGAUCUGAGCCCAGGGCUGGCUGAGCCUGAGCACCCCUGCCGAGGUCAGGUGGCUGCACAGUAGCCCUGACAGGACGUGCCACGCACCCCAGCCACCUUGGGGCCCGGGACCUGGGACCCAGUUACUGUGCCUGCCCAGCCCGAGGGAGUUUACUGCAGGUUGUUGCCAAUCAAUAGCUUUCUAUUUGUUGAUAUGUACAUUUAAAUUUAAGAUCACUUUUUUUAAAAAAAGAGAAAAAGAUGGAGGUAACGUGUGAAAGAUGAUACCUAAUUUUAUAAUGGACCGUGAAGGUUAAAAAAGCAAACUUAGUAGGCAGAUGCUGUUGAGUUUUAUGUUGUUUAAAGACUUUUUUAAAUUAUGUGACUGUGUAUAUAGGUAUUUAAAGGCCACGGGGUGUUUCUGACUCUCAGAGUGCUGUGCACUUCCACAUUCAGCGGGAAGGCUGCCUCCUGUCAUUGGGCACAGCACACGCAGCAGAGUCACUGGUCCCCGGCCUCCCCUGCCCUCUCACCUUCCUCCCUUUGCCUCCUGCUGUCUCCCUGGCCGUCCACAGACCGUGGAAGCUAUGGUGAGAGUUUGUGGGCAGCUAAAUUCACAGCAACAGCACCCAUGCAGUGAGCCCAUGUCCCCUGCUAGGUGAGAACGCAGCUGGGCCGCACCUGUGUUGGGCACGGGAGCCACCCUGCAGCGCUAGGGUGCUGGGUGCCUGCUGGGGCCAGGAGGGCUGCAGCUGCACCCAUGCCAAGGCAGGAGGGAAGCACCCCACCCUUCUCUUGCCAAUGCAGACAGUGUGGCUGAUGCCCUAUGCCACGUUCAAGGGGCCCUCUGUGUCCCAGACUUCCACUCCCUCCACCAAGUCCACAUGAGGUGCCCAAGGGAGACCACUUGCUGCAGGCAGGAGAGGUGUCUGUGCUGUCUGGGCCCCUUCUGCCAGUGCAGGUGCUGCCCGUGUUUCACCAUGAGUCAGCUGCCUUAGACCCUGCGCAGGGGCGUGCUGUCAGCUUGAAUCUGCUGUUGAGUCCACAGUGGCCCAGUUGCUGUGGCAUCCGAGAAAGGGAGCCCCAGGGUGGACUGGUGGCCAGCAGAUCAGAACAAGGCGACCCCAGUAAUGGGCAGGAUCACAUGUUUGUCUGCAGGGGUGGUGGGUCCUUGGGGAUCCCCAAAUCAUGCGCCCUUCAACUGCUCCUUUGCAGCCCGAGGAUGACAUAGGCUGAUCAGUGCAUGUGUAAUCCUUUGUGAGCUGAUUCAGACACCGAAGGCCAACUGAGGAAAAGCAAAGCCCUACACACCUUAUGCUGCAGGAACCGGUCACACGUCCCGCGCCACUCGAGACCCCGCUUCCCCUCUCCUCUCUUCAGCCCAGAGACCCUCCUCACCUCUUCCUCACAAAAGAAACCUAUUGCACCUUAAACCAUGGAUAUCGUUCCUCAGGGGCUUUAAAAUAGUUUCCUAUGCAACAUGUCUUGUUACACAGAUUGAAUUCUACAGAAGUUGCAGUAAAUUUUAUUGGGAUAUUUUAACCUGU